CUCAUCUCUGUCCUGCCUACACAAACCCUACUAUUGCGCUUUAAUCUCUACAGCAUCCUUAAAUUAUACCACCCGACUUCUCCAAGCCCCAGCUCAUUUACACUCAAGAGCCACUCCUUCCUCUCACGAUCGAACUGACAGCCUAAACUCACGACACGUGAUCAUCGCCCGACUGGUGUCUUUCAAGCCAACAUGGCCACAGCUUCCAAGACAUACCUUGACCUUGUCAAUGAUUGCGAUAGAUUCCCAUACGAUGACCCUCUCGCAUCUCCGUCCGAGCACUGGUCAUCCAUCUACCGCUUCUACCUCCCAAACGACCCCAGACACCACGGUCUAAUGCUCUCUUCAACAGUCCAGAAGAUGCUCUGGACAGAUGAUUUCCUCGUCAACCACCAAGCCAGAACCGUCCAUCUCGAUCCGAAAGACACGAGUGAUCUAUCCAAAUCAUGCACAACUGCUCUCUCAAAGCAGGUCCAAGUCUGCAUCGACGCCAAAGACUCCUUCCACGUAAUCAGCGGACGGCAUAGCGAGCCCUAUCCCAUCGUCGGUGCCAAUUAUCCAGUUUCUCUAGAGCGAUACGCAAGUACGCUCUUCGGGAUCAUCUCUCGUGGUGCGCAUCUCACGGCGUAUACACAGACAUCUGAAGGUUUGAAAAUCUGGGUUCCUCGACGGUCUCCGAAAUUAUUCACUUAUCCGAAUUGUCUCGAUACUACCGUUGCAGGCGGAAUCUCGUUAGAAGAUCCUUUUGAAUGUAUUGUCAGGGAGGCAGACGAAGAAGCAUCUCUUUCUGAAGACCUGGUGCGAAAGAACGCUGUAGUGUGCGGAUGCAUAUCGUACGUUGGACUAAACGAUGCCAGAGGCGGAGGCGAGAUGGGACUCAUCGUUCCAGAUAUAAUCUAUGUAUACGACCUCGAACUCCCAGCUGAUAUCAUUUGUCAACAGAACGACGAAGAAGUCAAGGAAUUCACGCUGAUGAGCAUUGAUGAAGUGAAGGAGGGCCUUGCGAGAUCGGAGUUCAAGACGAAUAGUGCGAUUGUGAUGAUUGAUUUCUUUUUGAGGCAUGGGAUUAUUACUGUUGAGGAUGAGCCGAAUUAUGCUGAGAUUGUAGCGAGGAUCCAUAGAAGACUACCUUUGCCGACUGGGCCUUCGAAGAUCGUCGGAUAAGUGUUGAAGAGGUUGCAGAGAUGGUUUGUUGACGAUGGCCGAACGCGUAGAUUCUAGACAGACGCGAUGGAUUCAGGUAGAUAGAACAGAUGGAAUGCAAUUGGAAGACUUAUUCCAAGAUCAACG